CUAUGCCACCCUGCUUCAUGUAGGUUAAGACUUAACUUGUGACUGAUAAGUAGCCACCAUGGAGGCCAACGAGCACAAGAAACACAGAAAGAAGCACAGUGGGCCUAAAGCUGACAAGAAAAAGAAACGGCACCUGCAGGAUCUACAGCUGGGAGAUGAAGAAGAUGCCCGGAAGAGAAACCCCAAAGCUUUUGCGGUACAAUCUGCUGUGCGGAUGGCUCGGUCCUUUCACAGGACUCAGGAUUUAAAGACAAAAAAGCAUCACAUCCCAGUGGUUGACAGAACCCCACUAGAACCCCCACCAAUAGUGGUCGUGGUGAUGGGGCCUCCAAAAGUUGGGAAGAGCACUUUGAUACGAUGCCUCAUUCGGAAUUUUACCAGACAGAAGUUGACUGAGAUCAGAGGUCCUGUGACACUUGUGUCAGGAAAGAAGCGCAGACUUUCCAUUAUUGAGUGUGGGUGUGACAUCAAUGUAAUGAUUGAUCUAGCUAAAGUGGCAGACCUGGUGCUCAUGCUUAUAGAUGCCAGCUUUGGGUUUGAAAUGGAGACAUUUGAGUUUCUGAACAUCUGUCAAGUACACGGCUUCCCUAAGAUUAUGGGAGUUCUCACCCAUCUAGACUCCUUCAAGCAUAACAAGCAACUCAAGAAGACGAAGAAGCGAUUGAAGCAUAGGUUCUGGACGGAGGUCUACCCGGGUGCCAAGCUGUUCUACCUUUCUGGAAUGGUGCAUGGAGAGUACCAGAACCAAGAGAUUCACAACCUGGGCCGAUUUAUUACCGUUAUGAAGUUUAGGCCUCUCACAUGGCAAACUUCUCAUCCUUACAUCCUGGCAGACAGGAUGGAAGAUUUGACAAACCCUGAGGAUAUCCGCACAAACGUCAAGUGUGACCGGAAGGUGUCUCUUUAUGGUUACUUACGAGGAGCUUACCUGAAAAAUAACAGCCAGAUUCACAUGCCAGGGGUAGGAGAUUUUGUUGUCAGCGAUGUCAGUUUUCUCCCAGACCCCUGUGCUCUUCCAGAGCAGCAAAAGAAGCGCUGUUUGAAUGAGAAGGAGAAGCUGGUCUACGCACCUCUCUCUGGGGUUGGGGGUGUGCUGUACGACAAAGAUGCUGUCUAUGUGGACCUCGGUGGUAGCCAUGGCUUCCAGGAGAUGGAGGAAACAGGCCCUACUCACGAACUGGUCCAGAGUCUCAUCUCCACCCAUGCCAGUAUAGAUGCUAAGAUGGCUUCAAGCAGAGUGACACUGUUUUCUGAUUCCAAACCUCUAGGAUCAGAAGAUAUAGAUAAUCAAGGGCUGCGGAUGCCAAAAGAGGAAAAGCAAGUAGAUGUGAAAACUGGUCGAGUGCGUCGGAAAGCCGUUUUUGGAGACACAGAAGAUGAAUCUGGAGAUGAAGAAAGUGAAGAUGAUGAAGAAAUGUCUGAAGGUGACAGGAUGGAAAAUGGCUCUAGUGAUGAUGAAGCAGAGGAGGAGGAGGAGGAAGGUGCUGAAGCCAGCGCCUGUGAGUACAUGACUGCUAGGGGAAGCAAGCGGCCCAAACUUGAGGAGCAGGACGAAGACAGUGAGGUGGAUUUGCCAGCAUUCGCUGAUAGUGAUGACGAUCUGGAGAGGAGCUCAGGGGGAGAGGAGGAGGCGGGGGAAGCCGACGAAAGCAGCGAAGAUGGUGACUCCAUUGCAGGAGAGAGGGACAUUGGGGAACCCAAAUCCGUUGGAGGAGAUAGUGGGCCAAGACUGUCUGCAGCCCAUCAGUGGGGGGACCAACUGGAUGGAGAGAAGCCUUCCCCAGUGAGAAAAGCAGCGCUCACCGCUUCUGACUCUGGCCACUGUACAGCCGAAGAGGCGUUUCCAUCUGAGGAGGAGUCUGAGGAGGAGUCUGAGGAGUCCAAGGACAGUUCAGAGGAAGAAGACUCAGAGCACAGCGAGACUGUUAGGGGAAAGCGAGUGUCUCCUCACGGGGGCAGCGGGCUGGAUGAGACCAGUGACACUGAAAAUGUACUGAAAGAGGAAGAAGAUCACAAGGAGGAGAAUAGCAGCUCUGUAGAAACAACAGGUGCCCUCAAGUGGAAGGAAGACCUUUCCAGGAAAGCAGCGGAGGCCUUUCUGAGGCAGCAACAAGCAACUCCAAAUCUUCGAAAGCUGAUUUAUGGCACAGUGACAGAAGAUAAUGAAGAGGAAGGAGGAGACGCCCUGGAAGAGCUUGGAGGGCUGUUUCGUGUGAGCCAGCCGGAUGGAGCAUGUAAGCACAAGGUGGACUCUCUGGACUGCUCCAGAUUCCUUGUGGAGGCGCCUCACGAUUGGGAUUUAGAGGAGGUUAUGAACAGUAUCAGAGACUGCUUUGUGACUGGAAAGUGGGAAGACGAUAAGGAUGCAGCCAAGAUCCUAGCAGAAGAUGACGAGCUCUAUGGUGACUUUGAAGACCUAGAAACAGGGGACGUGCACAAGGGAAAACCGGGCCCAGAUACUCAGGUUGAAGAUACAGAAGAAGAAGUUAAGGAAGAAACUGGCCCAAGUGAGGAGGAAAGCGCCAAGAAGAAGCACCUGGAUAAGAAGAGGAAGCUGAAGGAGCUGUUUGACGCUGCGCAUGACGAAGGGGAAAGCACGUACUUUGAUGACCUGAAGGGUGAAAUGCACAGACAAGCGCAGCUUAACCAGGCUGAAUUUGAAGAUCAAGAAGAUGAAACCAGAGUUCAGUAUGAGGGUUUUCGGCCUGGAAUGUAUGUCCGAAUUGAGAUCGAAAACAUCCCCUGUGAAUUCGUGCAGAACUUUGACCCACACUACCCAAUUAUUCUGGGUGGUCUGGGCAAUAGUGAGGGCACAGUGGGAUAUGUGCAGAUGCGCCUCAAGAAACAUCGUUGGUAUAAGAAAAUCCUCAAGUCUCGAGACCCAAUUAUUUUUUCUGUAGGAUGGAGGAGGUUUCAGACCAUCCCACUGUAUUAUAUUGAGGACCACAAUGGGAGACAAAGGCUUCUAAAAUACACCCCACAGCACAUGCAUUGCGGAGCAACUUUUUGGGGGCCUAUCACCCCACAAGGAACUGGAUUUUUGGCGAUACAGUCUGUCAGUGGUGUAAUGCCUGAAUUUCGGAUCGCUGCCACUGGAGUUGUCCUUGACCUGGAUAAAUCCAUAAAAAUUGUGAAGAAAUUAAAGCUAACUGGUUUUCCUUUUAAAAUAUUCAAGAAUACUUCAUUUAUUAAGGGAAUGUUUAAUUCUGCCUUGGAAGUAGCCAAAUUUGAAGGUGCUGUCAUUCGAACUGUCAGUGGGAUAAGAGGGCAGAUCAAGAAGGCACUCCGGGCCCCAGAAGGAGCAUUCCGUGCUAGCUUUGAGGACAAGUUGCUAAUGAGUGAUAUUGUUUUCAUGCGAACUUGGUAUCCUGUCUCCAUUCCGGCCUUCUAUAAUCCAGUCACAUCUUUGUUGAAGCCAGUGGGUGAGAAAGACACCUGGUCAGGAAUGCGGACAACGCACCAGCUGAGGCUUGCCCAUGGUAUCAAAUUAAAGCCAAACAAGGAUUCUUUGUAUAAGCCAAUCCUGAGACAAAAGAAACAUUUUAAUUCAUUGCACAUUCCAAAAGCCUUGCAGAAGGCUCUGCCAUUUAAGAACAAGCCCAAGAUCCAAGCAAAGGCAGGCAGAGUGCCCCGUGACAAACAGAGACCAGCCGUCAUACGCGAACCUCAUGAGAGGAAGGUCCUGGCUCUGCUAGAUGCACUGAGUACAAUACACAGUCAUAAGAUGAAAAAGGCCAAAGAGCAGAGGCACCUGCACAACAAGGAGCAUGUGAAGAUGAGGCAGAAGGAGGAGGAGGAGAAGCUGAGGCGGCAGAAGGACCUGAGGAAGAAGCUCUUCCGGAUCCAGGGUCAGAAGGAAAAACGAAGUCAGAAGUCCAGUCUGAGGGGAGCCGAGGACAGCUGAAGUUCUCCAGAGUGAAGGGGCCGUCUUGCAGAGCUGCGGCGUGCUGCCGUCUAUGCUGUAACAAGUCAGGAUGAGAGCC